AUGAGGUUGAGCGACUCACCUACGGGUGGUUCGCGGUUAAAAAACCGCUCAGCUAAGGAUAUCAAGGAUGGAGUGAAAGAAUUUCUCGAGAAUGUUGCUCCGUGGACAGAACUCAGAAAAGAUCGGGUUGGAAAUUAUGCCCUGAAAAAGUUCCUUGGUGGUCUUCUAAAGAGCUGGGAUUCUUUAGGACCGUCACGGCACACUACGGGAGAUGAGAGGCGAUUUCAGACGCGUCUUGUUACCGCAUACCAACAUGAGCUCGGAAAUGCACUCAGCGGUAAUUACAGCCCAGCUUUUGAACCAGAUAGCCCGCUGAAACUUCGCAUGCGUAUCAGGAACUUGAAUGAUGAAUUUGUGUUGGCUAUGACGCGGACAGGACACACGAAAGUCUUCCGUGAUGUCAAUGGAACCCCCGAUAGAAUUUUUGUACGAGAUAAAGACGUCCAGGAGGAAGAAGAUAUUUAUGAGUGGAUACGAGGGCUAUAUCAGCAGAUAUCGCAAAUUCUCGACGAUGAGAGGGGUGGUAUUCUACAGACAGUCAACCACUAUUUUGCAGACAACCUGACCGCUAUCCGUCAACAACGUGUUAGCACGAGAUUGGAUUUUCCUGGAUUCGUAAAUGGUGCGAACUUCGACCUUGAUGUAGUGUCGAAAGAAGUUUAUCUCGGGAAUGAAGACUUAGCAUAUUACAAAGUCGCUCUCGGACGAUUCAACGACAAUAUUGUUAUUCAAGUGACCGAACGAAUAAUACUAGGGCCAGCAGGCGCCGUGAAGCUUUUCUCACCUGAUUAUGUUGGCGACCUUGAGGAUAAUGAACUGAUUGGUAUUGCUGGUGAAAGUUAUGCUAUCUUCUUGCUGAGAGGCGAAUUGAUGGCUAAAUGCGAGAAAUUCCGAGUGACACUGGAAGUUGCCAAGAGAGAAGCUAUAUAG